UAUUUCGUAACUAUUGGAAGUCGUGCUUUUGAUAUAUUGUGAAUUAAAAAUUGACAGUUCUUAAACAUCUUUCAGCUUGCUGAACCUUCUCGUAUCACAGGAAUUGAUAUUAGCAAUUAUUAAUUGCCAAUCGAGUUGCAUUGAAUUUAAUUGAAACAAUUAUACGUUAGCCAUGAAAAUAUAUUUUUCUUACGCACAUGUCAGCGUAUUUACAGCUGAUUCAUGUUCAGAUAUGCAACACAGGUUGUGUUAGUGAUUAGCAUGUCAAUAACAUAAACGCAAAAAUUAAUGAAGAAGUUUUAAGACAUUGACAAGAUACAAUUACGAAAAUGAUUGUGAAAUUGGAAAAGAUAAUCAGUUGUUCCUCGGAACAUCCAAUGUAUCCUGCUACGAAUCUUCUGCAAUGUAAUUCAGAAAAUUGGAAGGCCACAUGGCGAUGUGCCAAACCGGGAGAAAUGCUGGCUCAUGUAAUCUUUCAGCUUGCUGAACCUUCUUAUGUCACAGGAGUUGACAUUGGUAAUUAUCAAAGUUGUGUAGUAAUUGUUACUGGAUCUACAUCAUCUGAACCUGACAAUUGGAUGGUUAUAGUGAACUAUAAGUUUAUGACAAAUGAUGAAGCUGCGAACAAUAAGUUUAAGGACCAAGUACAAUUAUUUACCAGAAGAGAAUUAAAUCCAGACACUUUAAAAAUUAAAUUUGAUCGAAUAAAAGUCACUUGUAUGCAGUCGGCAAAUUUAAAAGUAUUGUUUGGACUGUCAUACAUAAUUUUGAGGUCAGACUCUACAGUUGAUUUAGGCUUAGAUGUAUUUGGUAAGUUUAAAUUGAAACAACCACAUAUUUUGAAAACACCUUUGGAAAUGAUGAAGGAAAAGAUUCUUGAUAAAGCAAAAAAUAAAAAGACGGAUUAUAAGGAAGAAUUAUGUAAACAAAUAAAAAAGGAUUCAAUGGAAAAUUUUAUUAAAAGUCAAGAGGAACAGAAACCAAUGAAGAGACCUUUAUUAGAAAAGUUAGAAGCUGGAAAAGUUGAUGAAGUUUUUAGAAAAAAUGAUAACGACAAAACACUUGGUAAAAGUCCUGAAAAUGUGAAAAAUACAUCAAUUGGAACAACAGUUGCCAGAACUCCUUUUGGAGAUAUUGUGCCAUCAAUAAAUACUGAUACUAAUAAAAAUGAUACAAAAAACUCAAUUCAUAGCCCGUCAAAUUCUAAGAAACGGUCUUUAAGCAAAUUAGAAGAUUCAUCAAAUGCAAACGUUAGUGAAAAGAAAAGACAAAAAUGCUCUAAAUGCAUGGAGAGUUCGCAGGAUCAAUUGUGUAAAACUUGUCAACGAUUACCACCGCCUACAAACAUUGAAAAUACUACGAAAACAAAUAAUAUUGUAAAACCUAAAAAAUCAUUUAAAGAAUUGCUUAAUAAUGUUACAUUUUCUCUCAGUGGCUAUGUUAAUCCACAGAGGGAUGAAAUUAGGAGAAAAGCUCUUAAUAUGGGUGCUCGAUAUAUACCUGAUCCCAAUACAACUAAUAAAAAAUGCACUCAUUUGAUUUGUGCUUUCAAAAAUACACCAAAAUAUCAACAAUUUAAGAAUCAUACCAAAAUUGUCUCACACACCUUUAUUGAAGAGUGUUUUGAUAAAAAGACGAGAUUUCCUUGGCGACGGUAUGCUUUAGAUCAAAAGGAUAAACUUCAACCUGAAAGCGAAGAAGAAAUUGUUGGCAGUGAAUUGGAAUCUGCAUAUGACUCAGACACUGAUGCCGAAUAUUGAUGAUUGAAUACGUUUAAAUUAAUCCUGUAUCUUUUGAUUAUAUAUUGAUAAUUGUAUUUAAAAUAAAAAAAAAAUAUAUUUUUUCAUGCGUGCAUGCACAAAAACA